AUGGCUUCAAUGAAUGCGUUUGCGCGCGACUCUUCAUCUGAGUCCUCCGAUGAAGACUUUUUACAUCCUUCCAACGACCCGGAUGACGAUGAGUUCGCCGGCUACAAUCCGCGCAAGAGACGACGAACAGGCCGCAAUGCGAAAGAAAGUGCUGCCUUGGGAGUCUUUGGGUCGGAAAGCGAAGAUGAAGGGCCUCGUGGACGAUGGAAGAAGAAGACUCUACGCGGCAAAGGCAUGUCGUUUGUGUCAUCGGGGCAGUCGAAGUUAGAUGAGGACGACGACAACGACGACGACGAUGAAGAGGGAGAGGAUCAACAUGCGGAGGAAGAGGAUGUGGAUAUGGUAGUAGAUGAGAAAGUCAAAGAGACAGCAACACCCCGGGGGCUUGGAUACGGAGCAAAGGGACUUGGCUGGCAAAGUCCAGCUCCAGCAAAACAUGCCCCCAAGAUUGGCACUCCUCUUGGGCGAGGAUUCGUGCCAUCGUCUGCUGCCAUGCCAAUCUUGAAAAAUACCAACGAUGAAGAAGUUUCGACCCCCAGGGUUUCACGGCCAAGCGCAUUCUCUACGCCGACCACGUCGAAGAAAGCUUCAUCGACUCCUGCAAUAAAUGCGGGUUCUUUUGCUGCUAGGAUGAUGGCGAAGAUGGGCUACAAGGAGGGCCAAGGUCUGGGGAAGGAAGGGACAGGCCGGAGUGGUGUCAUUGAGGUUGUCCAGCGGCCGCAGGGUGUUGGUCUAGGUGCUGUGAAAGAAAAGUCAAAACAGGAGAUCGAGGAGGAGAAACGCCAGGCAAAAUUGCGGGGCGAGGUAUAUGAAGACUCUGAUGAAGAGCGAAAGAAGCGUCGCCGGAAGCCAAAAACGAGUGGCACAGAUAGUGGGAUGAGUGGAGUGAGCACCCCCAGGAGAGCUCCUAAGCCCAAGUUUCAAACGUUGGAGGAAGUCAAGAGAGUUGCCCCCGGUCUACAGAUUCCGGAUGAGUUUGCUCCUAUUCUGGAUAUGUCAGGCCCCGGUCGGCGGCUUCUUACUUCCACAUCUGGACUUUUGACACCGACAGCUGGGACGGAAAGCGUGGAACAAGUCGAGUCUAAAAAGCUAGUUCGACGUGCUCAAAAUGAACUUUCAGCUCACGUGGAAGAAUGGAAGAAUCUUGAAGAACGGAAAGCAUAUACCGAGAUGGAAAUAUUGCAGGAACAACAGGGCAUUGUCGAAUUACAAGCUGCCAUGGAUCAGUUCAAGCUGUUCGUUGAUGCAGCACAGCACAUCUUACAAGCCGCUAACGAUGGUCAAUGGGAUCCAAUCAUCGAAUCCCUCAUAGCAGCAGACGCACUCCAAGUAUCUGGAGUAAGCGAAGACUUAUCAAACACAACAGUAGCUGCUGUACAUCCAUUUCUUAGCCGGGCUACGGAAGGUUGGCAACCGCUUGAGGAUCCAAAAUUGACUGGCAUGGCACCACAACUCUUCAAAAUCCGUCACAUUGUUGGUGCAGUAUCGAAGGAUACUGACAUUGACAAGAACCGGAUUCCCAAUGGCUCCCAUCGGAAGGGUAAAUCGACAACAGCAUACGAAAGUAUGAUUUACAAGAUAAUUUUCCCAAAAGUUGUGUCAGCGAUUAACCAAAGCUGGGAUGUACACAACCCGGCGCCAUUACAGGCUCUAUUGGAAACAUGGGACAGCCUUCUGCCGCCUUUUGUUCGCACAUUGCUCCUCAAUCAAGCUAUUGUCGGGAAACUCAAUGAAGCUGUGUCAUCUUGGAAUCCAAGGAAGAGACGGUCUCAUGAAUUGCCGCAUUUAUGGCUGUUCCCCUGGCUCCAAUACCUACCAUCUCAUCAUGCGGAUCCGAAAAGCUCAAUCGGUCUCGUCAGCGACGUCAAACGCAAGUUCCGUCAGCUUGUCGACUCCUGGGAUUUCCACAAAGGCGUUGUGCCAGGCUUACGGCAGUGGCAAGAGGUCCUCUGUCCCAGCUCAAGCAAUGACCAUUGGGCGCCCUUGAUCAUGAAUCACGUUCUCCCGAGCAUGGCACGAUUCCUGAAGAACCCGAAGAACUUCAUAGUAGACCCUAACGACCAAGCUCCUUACAUGUCCGCCCUCCAAGGCGUCUUUGCCUGGCAGGACAUCCUGAAACCUCGCAUCAUAGGCCAAGUCAUCGUCGAGGCCAUCUUCCCGAUGUGGCAUGAUGUCCUUCAUCAGUGGCUUACAGUCGUCGGACCCAACGAGGAGAUCGGCCAAUGGUUCGAAUGGUGGCGCGACGAAGUCUUCCCAGAAGAUAUCAAAAUCUUGCCAUCAAUCCAAGCCGAGUUCGAAAAGGGCCACGGAAUGAUAAACCAGGCAUUAGAUCUCGGCUCAAAAGCCGCUACUCAUCUCCCUGCCCCAUCCCGCAUUUCUCCUCCCCAGAAAACACCGGCCACGCCGGCCAAACCAUCCGCACCACAACCCGCACCGCCACCGCCAGAAUCAACAUUCAAACACAAAGUCGAAGACUGGUGUAUCGAAAACGACCUACAAUUCCUGCCCGAGAAGAAAGUGUUGCAUUCUGCAGGCCCGUUAUACCGUAUCACUGCCGCAGGGAAUGGCAAAAACGGCACGUUGGUAUACUUCAAGGGGGAUAAUCUGUAUGCGAUCUCGAAGCGGGGCGCAGAGCAAACGGAGAUUAGGAUUAAGUGGGAGGAUAAUGAUGCUAGGGAUGCGUUGCUGGAAAUGGCCUGGUUUAAUGUUAAGUAA